CAUAAUGGCAUUUGAUCCUUCUCUAACCCUAAAAUCUCUAUCAGUCCCUCGGAGAAGGGCGCAAUAGAAUUAGGGAACUGUUGCAGUGUUAUAGGCCUUCGAUUUCAACUCCCUUUUCCAUCAACCCCGGCGGCGGAGAUGCAAAUCUUCGUGAAAACCCUAACAGGGAAGACGAUAACCCUAGAGGUUGAAUCGUCGGACACUAUCGAUAAUGUGAAGGCCAAGAUUCAGGACAAGGAAGGGAUUCCUCCUGACCAACAGCGCCUCAUUUUUGCUGGAAAACAGCUCGAAGAUGGAAGAACACUAGCCGACUACAACAUCCAGAAGGAGUCCACACUUCACCUGGUUCUCCGCCUCAGAGGAGGAGCCAAGAAGCGAAAGAAGAAGACUUACACGAAGCCCAAGAAGAUCAAGCACAAGAAGAAGAAGGUCAAGCUCCCCGUACUUCAGUUCUACAAGGUCGACGAUUCCGGUAAGGUUCAGAGGCUCAGAAAGGAGUGUCCCAACGCAGACUGUGGUGCCGGGACGUUCAUGGCCAACCAUUUCGAUCGCCACUACUGUGGUAAGUGCGGCCUUACUUACGUUUAUCAGAAAGCUGGAGGUGAGUGAGAGUCAGUGGUUGUAGAAAAAGAAAAUAAAAUAUGUUCCUGGUGGCGGUGGCGGUGGUGGUUGUGGUGGGAUGUUUAGGGUUUUGAGGCGGGUUUAAUUUCGUUUUUAUUUUGCAUCAAUGGACUGCGUUGUUCUUUGAAAUUCUCCUCUAAAGAAUCAGGUGGCAAACUUGGUUAGGAUCUUAUAUUUAAAGUUUUAGAUUGGUAUGCUAUUGCUAAGGAGACUGUUGCUGCUCAAUUACAUUUUGGAAUUAUAAACUUUCAUUUUCGCCGCUUAUGGUCGUGGUUUA